AGCGCAGCCAUUGGGGCCGAGUGAAGGGCUGUAGGCUGGGAUCAUGGCAUCCCGGGCAGGCCCCAGAGCAGCUGGCACCGAUGGCAGCGACUUCCAGCACCGAGAGCGGGUUGCCAUGCACUACCAGAUGAGCGUGACUCUCAAGUAUGAGAUCAAGAAGUUGAUCUACGUGCAUCUGGUCCUCUGGCUGCUGUUGGUCGCCAAGAUGAGUGUGGGCCAUCUCAAGCUCCUGCCGCACGACCAGGUGGCCAUGCCCUACCAGUGGGAAUACCCUUACCUGCUGAGCAUCGCGCCCUCGCUCUUGGGCCUCUUCUCUUUCCCUCGUAACAACAUCAGCUACCUGGUUCUCUCCAUGAUCAGCAUGGGCCUCUUCUCCAUCGCCCCACUCAUCUAUGGCAGCAUGGAGAUGUUCCCCGCAGCACAACAGCUGUACCGGCACGGCAAGGCCUACCGCUUCCUCUUCGGCUUCUCCGCCGUCUCCGUUAUGUACCUGGUGCUGGUGUUAGCAGUGCAGGUGCACGCCUGGCAGCUCUACUACAGCAAGAAGCUUCUGGACUCGUGGUUCACCAGCACGCAGGAGAAGAAGCGGAAGUGAAGUGAGACCCGGUCAGGAAGUGCCGCCAUAUGUAGUGUGGCCAAGGGAGAGGGCCAAAGAGUUGGCGGAAAAUCUGCCUGAGUGAUUCUGGCAGCGGGGCUGUUGGCAGCCGGUGCAUGCGGACUCCAGAGCCAGAGGGCAGCUCUUGUUGCCAUCGGUUGAGGUGGCAGAACGAUGUUUAAUUUAUUCCUGCUUGGCUGGAACUGGAUGAUCAGCCGUUGGAGAACAAACUUCAGCAGGUGGAGGUUGAUGCCUUUCAGGGUUUUUCUUUUAAGAUAGUCUUGCCCUUCCUCUUCCCAUUCUCUCCCCUUCUCAUUCCUUAGACUGAGGGAGCAUCAGAGAGCACUUCCUUUCCUUCCCUCCCUCCCCCCUUCCCUUCCUCCCACUGGUUAAGGGGUGCCACACACCCCAAGGCUGCUACUCCUGCUGGUUCUGUCCUCUACUGCAAAUCAUUUUAGUUUAAAAGAACUUCAAUAAAAGUGUACCUGCCCCGA